UCUUAUGCCUGAUACACUGAUGGGACGCUGACGGCAGUAGGCGGGCGCUGCUAAGAAAAUUAUAAGGUCAUUUGAAUUACGCUUGCUAGCGAGCUCAUCGGCUACAAUGAACCCAGAAAUGAUAUCAAUGAUUGUGACAAUGAACGGAUGAUGAUCGCGGGGUCAAAGUCGACACGCGCAGCCAGGCGGAUUUGACGCCCGAGCCGCAGGAGGACAAGAGGGGAGAGGAGAGAAGCAGCAGCAGCUCGUUGUGGUAUUAACAACAGGAGGGGAUCCCGGUGCGUGUGUCCGUCCCUGUGAGCGUUUCUGUGAGCCUCUGACAAGCCAAGCGAGCGGCCGCGAGGAGCGGAGGGGGAGACCAGGCUGGCCUAUAAGCCGAUCAAGGCGGAAUCGCACACAACGGGUUUCAGGUCUGGGGUUUUCUGCGCAUCUACAUGCUGUAACGGUGCGAGCCAGGUGCAAGGAUGAUGCGUCUAGCGUGUUGCACGGCCCUGCUGUUUGUGCUGAGGCUGCUGGUGGGUUUGCCAUGGUACCAGGUUCUCCCAGCCAUCCUGAUAUUCUACCUGGGAAGUGGAGGAUGGAGCUUCCUGCGGAUUUUUGCCAAAACAGUCGGCAGAGACUUACAUGCAGCAUAUGUGUUGUUGCGGGUAAAAAUGAAUGUCAGACGCCACCUCAAAGAGAAGAACACUAUCCCCAAGAUCUUUGCUGAAACAGUGCGCCGCCAUGGGGACAAAACGGCACUGAUUUUCGAGGGCACUGGAGAGAGAUGGACCUUUAAACAGCUGGAUGAGUACUCCAACAGAGUGGCCAACUUGCUGCUGGAACGAGGUUUCAGGGAGGGUGAUGUGGUGGCCCUUUUCAUGGAGAACAGGUCUCAGUACGUUGGCCUCUGGCUGGGCAUGGCCAAGAUUGGAGUAGAGGCCGCUCUCAUCAACUUCAAUUUGAGACUAGAGGCCUUGGUCCACUGUGUCACCAUCUCCAAUGCCAAGGCUGUGGUGUUUGGCUCAGAGCUGACUGAUGCGGUGUCAGAGGUGCACAGCUCAAUGGGGCAGAAAGUGCAGAUGUUAUGCUGCGGAGACCUGGACCCCCUUCGAGCCCCACAGGGAACUGAGUGCCUGGAGCCCCUGAUAGAGAGUGCCCCUUCUCAUCUGCCAAACCGGCCACAACGCUGCUUCACUGAUCGCCUGUUCUACAUCUACACGUCAGGAACCACUGGGAUGCCUAAAGCUGCUAUUGUUGUGCACAGCAGGUACUACCGCAUGGCAGCUUUGGUGUACUAUGGCUUUAACAUGACACCAGAUGAUGUGCUGUAUGACUGCCUUCCACUCUACCACUCUGCAGGUAACAUUGUGGGAGUGGGUCAGUGUAUAAUACACGGCAUGACUGUAGUCAUCAGAAAGAAGUUCUCAGCUUCUCGUUUCUGGGAUGACUGUGUCAAAUACAACUGCACCAUUGUGCAGUACAUCGGGGAGAUCUGCCGAUACCUGCUAAAUCAGCCAAUUCGGGACACAGAGAGACAACAUCGGGUACGCAUGGCGCUUGGCAACGGCCUGCGUCAGUCCAUAUGGGAAGAGUUCAUGAACCGCUUCAAUAUCCCACAGAUUGCUGAGUUCUACGGAGCCACGGAGUGCAACUGCAGCCUGGGAAACUUCGAUAACAAGAUUGGAGCGUGUGGCUUCAACAGUCAGAUUCUGCCUUUCAUCUACCCCAUCAGACUGGUGAGGGUCGACGAAGAGACCAUGGAGCUCAUUAGGGGACCUGAUGGUGUCUGUAUUCCCUGUAAACCUGGCGAGCCUGGCCAGCUAGUUGGCAGAAUCAUUCAGAAUGACCCUCUCCGGAGAUUUGAUGGCUACGUUAACCAAUCAGCAACAAGCAAGAAGGUCGCCCAGAGUGUCUUCAAGAAGGGAGACAGUGCCUAUCUCUCUGGUGACGUAUUGAUCAUGGAUGAGUGCGGCCACAUGUACUUCAAGGACCGCACAGGAGACACGUUCCGCUGGAAAGGAGAGAACGUCUCAACAACUGAGGUGGAGGGGAUUCUCAGCAGGCUGCUGGACAUGAAGGAUGUGGUGGUUUAUGGAGUGGAAGUACCAGGAGCAGAGGGAAAGGCUGGAAUGGCAGCUAUCGCUGAUCCAUCUCACUCCACCGACCUGGAGAAGUUUGUGAAGGACAUGGAAAAGGCUCUGCCUCCAUAUGCCAGACCUGUUUUCCUCCGCUUCCUUCCAGAAGUCAACAAGACAGGAACAUUCAAGUUUCAGAAGACAGACCUGCGUCGGGACAGCUUUGACCCCACUGCAGUGUCUGACAAACUGUACUUCCUGGAUUCCAGCAGAGGGCGCUAUACGCAGCUGAACGAGGAGCUUUAUCGCUCCAUUCUGACAGGGAAACACAAAUUGUGAUGACCAGGCUGAACACUACAUAAACACACAAACACACACAUUUACAGACAGAUACAAAAGAAGAAGACAAUAUUGUUUGACCAGGAUAGCAGAUUGAAGGACCUUGUUUCCAUCUACAUGAAUGCAUAUAAAGUAAUAGCCAUACAUACACUCCAUGUACCCAGAUUCAAAUGCCAACAGAUUUACAUAAACACACACACACACACACACACACACACAUUGUAUUCCCAAAACCACUUUGCUCUUUAAAAUCUCUAAAAUCAAACUUACGCACGCUACACACACUCACACACAUUGCACCACUCCAUCCAUCCCUCCUGGCGUCCCCUCUGGCAACUCCUCUCGCUACCUCAGCAAACACAGAGAGAGUCACACACCAAGCAACCAGGUCUUUUUUGGUAACUUGAAAGCACUCUUCAUACAGCAAUCACACAAUCCCCGCCCACUCCGGCCUCAAACGCCCACGGCUGUCCAUCCUGGUCCAUCAAAACCAGAUGUGUAGCUGGAGCAUACAGCUGGAGAGCAGGCUGCCUGGCAUCCAGAAUGCAAAAACUUGAACGUACAGAUAACCACAGACUCAAAGGAUGCUGAGACAAGCAUGGAUUCAGCACAUUUGGGACAAAAGAGGGACCUUUGAGGGGCCUGAGCUGUCCCUCAAUUCAUUGUUUCAUCAGGAAGAUUGCUUUGUGAAAGACUGCAGCCUCCACCGCCGACUUCACCGCCGACUUCACCUGCACAAUUAGCCAGCAGUGGCACGCCUGUCUCUAUUUGAGGUUAUUGGUUUUUUUGUCCAUUUUCAAAAGGGAACAACGUAAAGAUGUGAGGGAGUUUUGAAGAAGCCUCUGACCUGUAAACCACGCUCACAGGCAGGGGAUGUAUUAGACCAGUGGUUGAAGCUGAAAGAUUCACUGAAGUGCAAUAGUGCUCCGGCGGUGGCAGUGCAAUAAUCAGCCGCACCACAUGAGCGCUGAUAUAAAAUCAAAGCUUUUUAUUUAGAUAUGUCUGCACCACACCAAAUAUAUUUAAGUUGUAGUGUCUGUUUACAUAUUUAAGACAAUAUGAAACUCUUAGUUAUUUAUUCUGUUGUAAAAGCUUUCUCUUUUGUUCUAUAUCAGGUUGUCUUUGCUUUAUGUUUAUCCAAAUCCAUCCAACAGAAAGUCUUCAGAAGUGAAGCUGCAGUAUGCUUUUUAUAUCAGCUGCUGGAACACAAAGACAAGUGAUCUGACCGGUUCAACCCUGGGCUAAAUACAGGCUUUUUUCUUAAACAGGAUUUGUUUGGCUGCAUUGUGCAGGUUCUGUCCCACAAGAUACCUAUCUUAGGAUGUAUGUGUUUGCUUCUAAAACACAUGAAGAGGACCUGGCUGAAGUCAGAGAUGCACCAAAUCUCCUGAUCUUCACAGACUUGUGUUUUCAGCAAUCUUCCGGUGCUAAAGAGGGUUUUAAGUGAGCCGAAAGAUCCAAAGAUAGAAAGGCGGGAGUGUGGACAUUGAUUAUGGAGAGUUGUGUGAAGAAGUAGAUCAGAAGAUGAAGAGAAAAUGUGCUUUGUCAUUGUCAUUAGUCUGUUGUUGUAGCAGCAUGAAUGAGCAUCACCAACCACAAGCAGAGCACUGUGCCUUACUGUGAGUUCACCUCCCAGAUUCACAGGCCCUGGUCCACACAUAUUAUCUCCAUGGGUCCCUUAUGUUGGACUCAACUCUACUUUCUCUUUUUACUGUAAUCUUAUUUGUCAUUCCAACGUUCCCAGUCAUUGUAGAGUGGCUUAAAAAUCAUGUUUUAUUCUAAAAAUUCUCAUAAGUAUCCAUGGCAGUCCAGCGACCGGCUUGUUUGUCCUGCCAGGUGCAGGAAAAGUUGGUGUUGAUGUCUCUUGCCAAGAAUCAAAUGUUGCAAGGCUGUUGUCCUAUAGUUUUGAAUCGGUCCGUCAUCCUCUCAGAGUCUCAACCUGGUCCUACCUACAUCCCUAAUUUGUCUUUAACAGUGUUUUGUCGUCACUUGUGUGUUGCCCAAGUUUCCGUUUGCUCAGCAUCUUUUACUGAAGGCCUUUAUCGUUCUGCAAAGUGCUCGAGUCUCCCUGAUUAAUGAUUAACAAUCUCUAGCCCAUUCCCUUUCUGUGGCCCUCUAUACCUGCUAAACGGUACCUCUGUUUGAUCCUCACUGUCUCUGUUCGGUUUUCAACAUGUCAUGUCUGCUUCAUUCCACUGCACUCAUGUUCCCCCAGACAAUGGUACAAACUGUAGUUGAAUAUACUUUAGAUAUUUCCCUACUGGAGGUUGUUCUGUCAUUGAUAGAGGUUCCUUUAGUCCAUCUGAUGACACAAGUCUACAACUCCAUCACUCUUAACUGACCCCAGAAAGCUUUUUUCAACAUGUGUUGUGUGCAUUGACUGUAUAUAAAAAUGGACGAUGUGUCUCCACCUCCUCCCAUUGGAUAAAAGUGAAGCCAAAAUACCCCCUGGUGUCCUGGUGACGUUUUUGGAGCUAAUCUAUGCAGCAGGGAUUAGCCACUCCUGCUUACUAUAACUGCAUUUGCAAACAGAGUUGUCAAUCAUGCUAGUGUACCCCUUUUCAAGUAUCAAAUAACUAGUUAAAACUGUGGGUUGUUUUUUUUCACUUGGACACAAAUCAGCUUAACAGGAAGUAACUUUAAUGACAGAAGUCAUGUUUUAGAAAAAAAAGCUUUUACCUGCACUUUUAUUUUGAAGCUUAACCAAUGUCCCAUCUGUUCACAUGAAGGAAGUGGGCUAAGGUCUUAUACUGCAGCUAGUUGGCAGGAGGAGCUCCAAUUUGUUUUGGCUUCACUUUUGUGGACCUUGUAAGCCGUCCAUCUUUCUAUGCAGUCUGUUGUGUGUAGUCUGCCAUUACCUUUGACUUUUUCUUUGAAAUCGCCUCCGCGCAGCUAGUCUGACUGUUGCUAACAUCGUUAGUGUAAUGGGUAAUGAAGACUGGCUGUAGUGUGAAGGACUGAUUACUCUUCUUCAUUAGUUUCAUUGCAGCAAUGCGUAGGCUGCUUCAUUUUCUUCAGAAUGAUUCUCAGUCGGUCCGAAACAGCUUGGCUUGAUUCAUAUUUUGCACUGACGACUGCAGAUCAUAGAGAAUUUGCUUUGGAUAGAAAUCAAGCUUUAUCGCUGCUUCCUCUGUGGUCUUAGCUCUGAGUCUCUCUCUCUCUUUCUCUCUCACUUGUAUUUAUUCUUUAAUGAUGAGUGUGAAAUGUUCUCCUGAAUGUCUGAAAAGCAAAAUGAGUGACCAAUGAUGAUGUAAAGUUAUGUGUGUAUCUAAGGGAACACUUUGGCUGUUAUGAUGCUUGAGCCCAAGGGUUGAACUUUUGUCAACCCCUGACUGAACAGCCCUACAGCUGAGCACUCUGAAUAAGAUGUUUUCAUUUGACCCUUUUUUUAAAUGAGUUUAAAUUAUUAUUUUUUGAAAGAAGUGUUAAUUAUACUUUGAUUGUUUCACUGCUAAAAUGUGUUUGCUUUGUUUUGUUUGUUUUGUGUGGAAUCAUAGCUAUUUUGAUUUUGGUUUAAAACGGGGACACAUGCAUGAGUUUAAGACAAUCGAACUGCAGUGGGGUUUUAUUUCUUCUUUUGUAAAGAAAAGGCACCAGGAACCAACCAGGGAGCAACUUUUUCUAAUUAACAUUGGUUGUACAACUUUUAUCAAGAUCCAGUUUGCCAAUUCAUCAUUGCUUGAAAAAAAUGUUUCCAAAGUUGACGGCAAACCAUUGAAAACCAAUAACGGCUGAAGCCAUGUUAAAGUGAUGGUUUCUUUUGGACAGUCAGAUUUAUUUUGAGACGUGUUUGACCACAGGAGGGCGCUUUGUCCUCAACAACUAUUUUCCAUCAGAAAGGAAGGAGUCAGACACAAUCAGACCUAAGUAUCCAUGCCAUAUUUUAAAGCUAAUGUGUACAUUAUAAUAACUGUAGAUACAAACUUGUUAUUGAAAAUAAGAUCUUUUAUGAUAUAUCUCACAAUUUGCGCUGCAAGAACUGACAAAAAUGUCACCUUAAAGGUCUAGUUAAGCAUGUGAGAAUGUGAAGAUGAUUACACACAAGGCAGGCCACAGUGUACAUCAGAAACCCUGGGUAAACAAUGGCAUGUUUGUGGUCUGACUGGCCCUCAUGCCUCUGAUCAACGUUUCUGUUUUUGCACCUUUUCGUUUGUCUGUUUUUCCCUGCCGUGCUCCUCAGGAACAUCCAGCAGUGCUAGAGAAGGAAACAAGUUUGUACACGUCUGCCUAUGUGAGUGAAAGGUUGGGUUUUUUUAUUAUUGUUUUAUUUAAUUGCACAGGUGGCAGCUCUCAGUUUGUGCAGAGUGUGUAGGGGAGGUCUGUGAGGUGUGCUGUGUGUGUGAGACACACAUACUGAUGUCCUCUUGUCCACUGAAGGCUAGCUGUAUACAUCAUGCAUUUCAAAUGAAUGAGAAAAAAAGCAGUGCUGCAAAUGGAAAAAUCAUUAUUAAUAAAAACUAUUUAAAUUGUUCA